AUGGAAAACGAUAACAGCAAGAAAAGUGACAAUGUCCAACAGCAAGAAAAAAUGCAGAAUCUGAGAAAUCAAGUGGAUUCGGUUAAGGCGGUAAUGGUGGACAACGUCGAGAGAAUUCUGGAGCGUGGCGAGCGAUUAGACAACAUCGAACGACGAACGGAGCAGUUGAAUGCGACGAGUGCAAACUUCAAAUUCACCGCUCGUAAAGUCCAACGAAAGUUCUGUAUGCUGAAUGCAAAAUGGACCAUCAUUCUGGCAAUCGUCAUCCUCAUCGUCUUCACCGUUCUCCUUCUCCUGAUUCUUCAUUGGACUGGAGUUAUUGGAAAACGAAAUAAUGAUUAA